CAAGAACUAAAUGGAACAUACAAUUUUAUGAUGUGUUAAUUCGCUUUUCAGUGUUUUAUUUUGUUAUGGAAUAUCGCGGGCGCCUCGUAUUCGCACUGUGUGUUGCCUGGAUUUUCCAUGUUUCCGGCUGGCCAUGCCACGUGGACGAUGUUGGCAUUCACAGGUUCGGGGACAACUGCUCACGAAUGUGCCAAUGCCAGAACAACGAGGAAUGCGGUCAGAAUGGGACUUGCCCAAACGGGUGCGCACAAGGAAUGUUCGGACCAGGAUGUCAGUAUGUCGAUAUUGCCCACGAGUACCAAAAAACGGAACGACAUUCAUCAAACCUACUUCGCCGAAACGAACAAUGGGCCUAUUUCGCAGUUGACAAUGACACUACCACGUGCAGCUCCACACAGGCUGCAAAAUAUGAGUAUGGAUAUCCCUGGUGGAGACAGUGGUUCCCUUACUUGGUCACUUUUACAUACAUCGAGUUUCAUGUGGGCGCCGUUUAUGCAGAUAUCGGUUGCUAUAAUUUUUAUAUGGACCAUGGAUGGAGUGCCAACUACUAUUUCACCUAAGAUUCAACAUAUAAGACAUACCUUCUCUUAUGCACAACAACGUAUUACAGCGAAUGAAUACAGUGGUCUAAUAACAGUCAUACACGACAUUGUAAUUUGAAGAGAUCCGUAGCCUAGAAACCAUCCUUUGCUGGACAUGAUUUUAUAUGAUAUGAUAAGUUAGCUUCGAAAAACUGUGCCUUUCCUUCCAAAGCUUAGUUCGUGAGGUGUCAGGAUAUUUUGUUUGUGGUACUUAUUCAUAUUCUCAACCUGUUUGUUUAC